GGUAUAAUGGCGGACGAGAACUGGUAAGGUUCUCGCGUUAUCUCGGUUCGGAUGGAAAGAAAGCUUUAAGGGGAAAAGUAUUUUAAUGAUAUUAAGUGAGAAUUAUUAUAUUUAACAAGCUUAUCCGAUUCAAUAUGGCCGAUGAAGCGUCAGAUAGCAGCAGCGAUAGUGAAAAUACUGGAGAAGUGAAAAAUGUGGCUCGAUUGGUAAUGAGACCUCCGGGUCAUAGCGGUAAAGCUAAGAAGGGACAUCUUGUUUUUGAUGCUUCUUUUGAAGGAGGAAACUUAGGAAAAGUGGACUACGUUUCGGAAUUUGAAUACGAUCUUUACAUCCGACCGGAUUUAGCGAAUCCCCGAUAUAGAGUAUGGUUUAAUUUCACCAUAGAGAAUGUCCGACUGGAACAGAGAGUCGUCUUGACUAUAGUAAACAUAAGCAAAAUCGUCUAUCUCUUCCACGAAGGAUUCACCCCCGUUGUAAGAUCGACGAGUCGACCUAAAUGGUAUAAAAUACCAGAAAAGCAUGUCUACUACUACAAAUGUCCCUAUCACAGGAACAACUAUGUCUUAUCUUUCGCUUUUGCAUUCGAUAGAGAAGACGAUGUUUACCAAUUUGCAUUUUCUUAUCCUUACACAUACUCACGCCUUCAGAAGUACUUAGAAUAUCUUGAGAAAAUAAACAUGCCUUUUCUGACUCGAGAAGAAAUUGGAAAAUCUGUUCAAGGAAGACGUCUUGAUAUGAUCACCAUUUUUGAUAACAAACUACUAGAAGAAAGCAAAUGGCCCGUGAAAAAGAAAAGGAAAAUAGUGAUCAUCACUGCCCGUGUUCAUCCGGGAGAAACUCCUUCAUCUUUUGUUUGUCAAGGAUUGAUUGAUUUCUUGGUAAGUGAUCAUCCCGUGGCUCAUUGCUUGAGGGAAAGAGUUAUGUUCAAGAUAAUCCCAAUGCUCAACCCGGAUGGAGUCUUCGUAGGUAAUUAUAGAACCUCCCUUUUGGGCACAGAUUUGAAUCGAUGUUGGCACGAAACAUCUCCUCUGGCUCAUCCGACGCUGCACGCCACAAAGAAGCUGGUAGAUAGACUGAUGAUGAAAAAGGAUGACGAAGUGGACAUGUAUUUGGAUCUUCACACUCACACUUCGCUGCUCGGCACAUUUGUUUAUGGUAGCACUUUCGACGAUGUCUAUCGUUUCCAACGUCAUACACUUUUUCCCAAGCAUCUAGGCAAUUGGACUGACGAUUUUUCAGUUCAGAAUACCAUCUAUAACCGUGAUCCUAGUAAAUCCGGAACUUCGAGAAGAUUUUUUACAAAUAUGCUACCCAGCAAGGCCAAUUGUUACACUCUAGAAGUAAGUUUUUAUGGUUACAGAAGUAAACAAGAUCCUUCUAAAGCUGUGACGGCUUACACGGAAGAUAGCUAUAUUAAAUUAGGUGAAAAUAUUGCUUGGGCCCUAUUGGAUUAUUACGUUGCAACUGGUUAUAUAUCAAGUGGGUCUGUUCCUCCGGGCAUCAAAGUAGGUAAGAGAGGUCUGGUGGUGGAAAGUUCUCGUAAAGUGCUUAACCGAAAAUAACACUUCCACUUUUGUGCACAGAUUUGAACAUAAGCUACCGCCAUUCUCACUAACAAUCUACCAUAUGAGAGGUUAUAAAAUACAAGCAAUAAAUUUGACACCAUAAACUUCUAUAAAAUUGUAAUUGCAAAUGUUAUUUGUGUCUCAAUUAAACUUUAUUGACAAUUUUGAGAAUUUUUUUUUAUUGCAAACUCUCCAUGAAAACUCUUUGUUGGGAACAUAUUUCA